CAACAAUUUUCCAUUAGUUAUUCAACGAUAAUUAAACGUUCAACAUCAUGUGCGACCAUUUGAGGAUUAUAAUUGAAGUGAUAGUUCACGAAUUAGGGAAUAAAAAAUUAUCUGAACAAAUUGCGAACCGAUACAUCGAUUUCUAUACCUUUGAACUACCUGAAGAUCUGUCUUUCAAUGGUAUAUACAAAGAUAAUAUCAUAAAAUAUAUCGAGGGUCUCAAAAACAAAGCAAGUGAUGAAAUUAACGAAGAAAAUAGUGUGGAAAAUGUGAUCUACAGAUGUCUAUUCGCCAUAUAUCGAAAUACCACGCAACGAGAAAGAUUCUUGUAUCUUCACGAUUUGUUGGAAUACUUAUAUCAACAGUUAGUACAAAAAAUCAUUCAAUUACAAGAAUAUUCUUUACUAAUAUCAAAAAAUGAUUUCAUUAGAAAAGUUAGAGUAUUACUUCCGCAUGUCAAAGUUCAUAAUAUAAAAUCAGUGAGUGAAGCAUCCAUAGAAAAUGAGGGAUUUAAAGAAGCCCUUAUUGAGCUGUGUGAAGCCGCCCUAUACCCAAUAAUUUUAAGAGAAGACUGCUACGAAAUUAUUAAAAGUAAAGUAUGUAUUGAAAAGACAAUAUUUGUAAACUUUGAAGUGAAAACUGUACAGGUGAAAAACGGUUUUUUGUGUGACUAUUUAAAGCUACGAAUUAGCAUAAUAAGAAGUGAAGCUGAUCAUGAAGAUCAUUUCUUUUUUGUUAAAUGUAUGCCCAACACAGCUAAAAUUGACGCCACCAGGAAAUACUUAGUAGAAAGCUCGUUUAAAAAAGAAGAGCUGUAUUACAGGCAGUUCAUUCCUUCUGUGGCAAAACUGGUCUCAGCUGAAAUGACAGAUUUCGUACCAAGGAGUUAUUAUUCUGUACAAAAUCAGUUCAUCGUUCUGGAUGAUACUACAAAAAAUAACUUUGCCAAUAUUGAAGUAAAUGUACCACUUUCUUAUGAUCAGAUAUUGCUAAUAAUGAAACAGUUGGCCAAAAUGCAUGCCGCUAGCAUGAUAUAUGAAGAAAAGUUGUCCAAAAAACUUAACAAACCGUUUAGAUCCAACGAUUAUUAUACCGAAAUGCUAAAGGAAGCGAUGGACAUCAAUGAUAAAACAGUUCAAGCAUACUUUGAGUGCAGCAUCAGAACAGUCAAUUAUUUAUUUGAAAAGUGUAAGAAUAGAUUCAAGGACUUUGACGUUGAAGACAAUCAAAAGAAAGUGAGAGAAGGUUUUUACAAAAUGUGUGACAUAAUUAAACCAUCCGACAAGUCUAGGAACUUUGUUACUCAUGGUGAUCUCUGGUGCAAUAAUAUUGUGUUCAAAGACGAUCAAAGCUCGUGUCUUCUAUUGGACUUGCAGAUGGUUAGAUAUAGUAGUCCAGUAUAUGAUGUUUGUAUCGUACUGGCACUGAAUACAGAUCAAGAUACUAGGAGAGAAUAUAGCAAAAGGCUUUUGGAUGAUUACUAUACAGAUCUAAAAGAUAAUCUAAGUAAGUAUGGCAUUAAUAUCAAGGAUGUUUUGAGUUAUGAGCAAUUCAUGGAGGAAUUCAACCAAUUUACUCCUGCUUCACUCAUGCGUUCGUUAUCUUUGUUAUCUAUAGUGCUACCACCUAGAGAAAAAAUGAAUGAAUUUAUAAAAGAUCCUGAUGAUGCUCAGAAGAUUAUAGUUGGUGAUCGCAGUGGUGUUAUAAAUGUGUUUUGGGAUGUACUGGAAGAAAGAUUAGGAGGAUUGCUCGAAGACCUUUAUGUUUGUUUUAAUAAUAAAUAAUCUUUAACAUUC